CCCCUCCCGCCCGCGCGCUUCCGUAGGGUGCUGGCGUGUGGCGUCAUAGCCCAGCGACGCACGGCUCCGGAAAGCGGGGCGGUGUUGCUAGCAUCAUGUUCAAGGUAAUUCAACUGGGGGCUGCCCCUGCUAGCCUGAGCCUGCUCUCCCUACAGGUGUAUGCUUCAUCCCCUGAGAGGAAAAGGCCCAAAAAGGAGUUGCUAAAAGUUGAUGAGCUUUCACUCUACUCCUCCCCAGCUCAUGAAUCUAAGUAUGUGGAGGACCCACAAACCCAACUGGAGGAGGGAAUUUCACAUCUACGGCAUUUUAUGGAGCCCUAUAUAUCCAGGUGUCAGGAUCUUUACACUAAAGCAAUGCCCAAAGUAGAAAAAACUGUUGAACGUGGUAGAGAGGGCUGUGAGUUUCUCAAAAAUCCCCCUGCUGGAUUCUAUCCAAGACUCGGUGUGAUUGGGUUCGCUGGAAUUGUUGGGCUCUUUUUUGCUAGAGGUUCAAAAAUAAAGAGGCUGGUGUAUCCAGUGGGUUUUAUGGGGAUUGGUGCUUCCCUCUAUUAUCCACAGCAGGCUGUUGCUAUUGCAAAGGUCACAGGUUCAAGGCUGUAUGAUUGGAGUCUGCAAGGAUACAUAGCCUUAGAAUCUCUCUGGAAAGAUGGUCCUAAAAAGAAGAAAUCUGGAAAAAAAGGAAGUGAAAAGAAUGAUGCAGAUGGUGACAAACCAGUGGAAAUACAUGCUCCUUCAGAUGCAGAAAGAGCCAUGAAGUAGAACAUGCUCCAUAAUUUUCUAUCAAAACAGGUAAACAGAAGAUAUAGACAAGAUCAGCAUUUUUCUGGAGAGGAGGAAGACUGAGGAACAUGCUUUAAUUUAUGAAUGUAGAUAACGUGUUCUGCCUCAGGAAAAUUGACAGUGCACUAUGUGGAACAGAGUCUCUGAAUGGACACUACCUAGUCUUGUGUCAGCAGGAGAUUCUUAGGCCUUAAUCCUGCAAUAGGAUCCAUAUAGACUGAAGAGUCUGCUCACAUAUGGAGAUCCCAUUGUGGGAUCAGUGCCUGAAGUAGCACAUCUCCAAACUCCUCAAUCUCAUGUUGUUUUAUAUAGAUCUAUAUAUCUAUAGAUAUAUAUAUAGAUAUAAAUAUAUAGAUAUAGAUCUAUCUAUAAUUUACAAUUAAAAUUGAAAUUUAAUUAAGUUUUCCUGCUUUUUUUUUUUCUUUUUUCACUUUCUUUAUAUGAACUUAUCUGAUAUUCAUGCUGCUUUUGAAGGUGGGGGUGAACCAGAAUCUCAAGAUCAAUUGACAUGUUCUUUUUCUGGGAAAAAGUGUAAGUAGUGUGUCUGUAAUGCAGUUUUGGCUAACAGAUUUACAAAUGAAAACAAUUACAAUGAA